GUCCAUCUAUAUUAUCCUUCUCUUACAACACGACAAUCCAUAACUUUCAAACACAAAAACAAAAAACCUCUCUCGUUAAAAAUUAAUGGGAAAAUCUCUAAUCAUUUCUUGUUUUUCAAUAAUCCGUAAACGCCAAGAAAUCGUCACGCUAGUAUUCUUCGAGUGUGGAUCCACCAAAACCCUACGUGACUCCAAGAAACAUGUUGCUGGAGAGAUCAUGUUCGAGUUUCCUGAUCAAAUCGUGUGCCAUGCAGAUUCAUUCUUCAUCGGCCAUCCGGUUCCAGCUCUAGCAAUGGACGACUAUCUCAUCCCUGGUCAAACCUAUUUCGUCUUACCAAUCGAACGUUUCGCUUACAGAGUCUUAACCACGUCGUGUCUCUCCAUCUUCAACUCUAAUAUAGAAAAUGUUCGGUCCACUAAUCAACCACCAUCAUUGAAUUUCACCGCCCCGUCGAGUCCACCACCGUUCGAGUAUUCCAAGGGAUUAAACGGGAAGAUUCUUAUAAAAGUUUCUCCUCUUUUUAUCAUGAGUCUUAUAUGUAAAAAGAGAAGCAUCAGUGAAGAAGAGGUGAUAAUGGAUUGUGGUGAAAGCAUUUGUAAUUCUCCUGAGUUGAAGAAACAGUAUGAUCAGCUUGUUGGAACGAGAGAACAUCUAUGGUCACCUAAGUUGCAAACGAUCUCUGAGCAUGAGAUUAGGGUUUCUCCGUUACGGUGCUUGGGGAUUAUUUGGAGGCAACAAGAAGUUAAUUGAUUUAAGUCAUGGAAAUAUUCUUAUUUCUCUCUUUUUUUUGUUAAAAUAUUAUUGUUUCUCUUUUCUAUUUGUUUAGGAGAAAAAUGGAUAUAAAAAACAAAGAAAUAUUAGUGGUUAGUUGGAUGUUUGGUUUGUGUUGUUUGGUUGCAAGCUCGUCGUCAUGAAUGAACAAGUUGACAAAAUGCAUGUUUAUAUAUGUAAAAUUUCGACAACGUAAUAUAUUAAUUUGCGAGGUGCUCCAGCUAGCGUGUACAAAUGAUAUAUGAUUGAUUCAUCUUUGAC